UUCCACUGUUGCUUCUUUUCUUCGUACACACUCCCUGGAAUUUCGGCAGUCGGUGACAGUGGCUUCACGAGGAAAGUCAACCGUGGACGACGAUGGCGUCGCUGGGGAAUAAAGUGGAUGAGCAAGUCACCAAGGCACCGCAGCAGAAUGGAGGCGGUUGCAGGAACGACGAGCUGCAGCUGGAGGACAUACAGGACAACAACAACGAGAGCAUCGAGGUGGAGAUGGUCGUGCCACCAGAUGGAGGAUGGGGUUGGGUGAUCGUCGCUGCAUCCUUCAUGUGUAAUCUCUUCGUGGAUGGUAUCAUCUUCAGCUUUGGUGUCUUUUUAAACGAUAUCUCUGAGGCGUUCGCUGUGUCCAAGGCGAGGGUCGCGCUGGUUGGCUCGUUGCAGUCAGGAUUCUACCUUAUGGCUGGUCCAUUCGUGUCUGCGUUGGCCAACAGGUACGGCUUCCGGUUGGUCGCGAUCCUCGGGAGCGUGAUAAGUUGCGGAGCGUUCGUUCUCUCCUACUUCAGCACUUCCAUCGAGUUCCUCUACAUCUCUUACGGCGUGCUCGGAGGUAUCGGAGCAGGUCUGAUUUACGUUCCGGCUGUGAUAACUACCGGAUUUUAUUUUGAAAGAUGGCGAGCACUGGCCACAGGGAUCGCUGUCUGCGGAUCCGGAAUCGGCGCUUUCUUACUCGCGCCCAUCUCAGACUUGCUGGUCAAGCAAUUCGGUUGGAGGGGCGCGUUGCUCUUCCAAGCAGGGAUGCUGUUGAAUUGUGCGAUAUUCGGAGCGAUGUUCCGUCCGCUGAAACCAACGCGGAUUAAGGUGAAAUCGACGCCAGAGAAUGCGGGUUUAGAGGUGAAGAGCAGCCUGAUGGGGAAAGGUGUGUCCACGACGUCGUUGCACUGCGUGCAACCCGGAAGAAGUGGUUUCUUUGGUACAAACAACAACACGGAAUACCCGACGGCUGCUGAACUCCUUGGCAGCAAUCCCAACAUAGUAAACGCCUCCAAGUCCUUGCACUCACUUCACAAGGUGCACGUGGAGUUGCGAACACUCGAGAGGAAGUUGAGCAGCUCUGAGAAACGACUGUCCGUGCCGAUCUAUCCGGACUUGGAUGUGAACAUGGACGAGAAGAUGGUCGAAGAAGAGAACAACCUCCUGGGUGGUGAUGUGGAGAGGCUGAAUGGCAAAGUGCCCACGAUUCGCAGGCAUACGAUCAGCGGGAGGAGACUACGCGCGGACUCGGACUGUAGCCAGAAAUCGCUGAAGGUAGGCAACAGGCGGAAUCCAUUCAACAAGGACCCACAGAGACCGUUCUACAGGGACGACAUCUUUUACGGUGGAUCGUUGAAUAGACUGCCGCAUUACAAGUCGCAGCAAUCAUCCGUGGGCUAUCACAUGUCGGUCACGCGUCUGCCCACCGCAACGGAUGUGGCCGAAGAGGAGAGCGGAAGUUGUUACCUGUGUCCCGAGAGCGUUCGUCGAAUCCUCACGACGAUGCUUGACCUAAGUCUUCUGAAAAGUCCCUCUUUCUUGAUCCUGGCUAUCUCUGGUGGACUCACUAUGAUGGGCUUCUAUACACCUUUUAUGUACGUCCCAGAUCGAGCCCAAUUGGCAGGCAUAGAUCCAUCUACAGCCAUGUUCUUCGUCUCUGUGAUCGGUAUCGGCAAUACUAUUGGCCGUGUGGUGUGUGGCUUGGCUAGUAGCUUGCCAGGAGUUAACGCUUUAGUCGUCAACAAUAUAUUCAUCAGUGCUGGAGGACUUUUGACCGUUUUCUCCGGUUUAUCACUCAGCCAGGGUUACCAGUUCUUUUACGCUGCUGGUUUUGGCAUCAGUAUAUCUGUUUUCGCGUCUCUGAGAUCGAUCCUCGUGGUAGACCUGCUAGGACUAGAGAGACUGACCAACGCUUUCGGUCUGCUUCUUCUCUUCCAAGGCGUGGCAGCUGCCAUAGGCGCGCCUCUAGCAGGUGCUUUCAUGGACGCAACCGGAAGUUACGACGCCUCGUUCUAUCUAUCCGGCAGCUUGAUCUUCCUCUCAGCCGUGAUCUGUUAUCCGUUGAAGAGGAUCAACGUGUGGGAGACGAAGAAGAAGAGCGAGAAGAACAACGACGAUCCGUCCAAAUCCUGAUCGACACUGUAUAACCAAUGACCAAACGGCGUAGACUGAUUGAUGUGGCCUUAAUUCAUUGUCAGCCGCUUCCUGUGUGUGUGUGUGUGCCUUUACUGUACAUACUAACGCGAACGAAAAGUAAUUUAUAAACACGGCGAUAGAAAGAAAGAGAAAAAAGAAACGUAAUCUAGCGGCGACAGCAAACAGAGGACAGACACCGUGAUCCGU